AUUACAAUUAUAAUUCUUCUUUCCAAAUAAAAAUGCAGAGAUUUAAUUUUCUUUUAAUCUGUUCUAUCUUCUUCUUAUUUGCAUCUUUUACCGUUACAGCUCAACAAAGACAGUCUAAUAUAAGCCUCGGAUCUUAUCUUACACCCACCACAAACUCAUCAUGGCUGUCAGGUUCUCGUCUCUACGCCUUUGGAUUUUAUCAGCAAGGCAAUGGCUACAAGGUUGGAAUUUUUCUUGCUGGGAUUCCUGAGAAAACUGUUAUCUGGACAGCGAACCGCGAUGACCCACCAGUCUCCGUCAACGCUACUUUGCUGUUGAAUACAGAAGGCAGGCUUGUCUUGCAAUCAACGCAAGGCCAAGGUACUGACAUUGCUGAGCAGAUUUUGGAGUCUGCCUCUUCUGCCUCCAUGCUUGACUCUGGAAACUUCGUGCUUUACAACUCUAGUGGAGGAAUAAUAUGGCAGAGUUUUGAUUACCCAACUGAUACUAUUUUGCCAACUCAACGUCUUCUGGCGGGAGAGAAGCUGAUUUCAAGUAUUUCAGAGACUAAUCCUUCCACGGGAAAAUUUAUUCUAAUAAUGCAAAGAGAUGGAAACCUUGUGCAGUACCCAAAACAUCAAAUCAGAAUUCAAUCUGCCUAUUGGGCAUCUGAUACAUCUGGGAGCGGUGAUGAUGUGACUCUAAACCUUGAUAUGGAUGGCCAUCUUUACCUUCUUAACGCCAGUGGCUUCAACAUAAAGAAUAUUACAGGAGGGUAUCCAACAGGAGGGAUAAUCUAUUUGAUGAGAGUUGAUUCGGAUGGGAUAUUCCGGUUGUAUUCUUUUAAUUUGAGACAAACCGGUAUACGUUCAGUUGUGUGGAAUUCUUCGGAAAAUAAGUGCGCGCCUAAGGGUCUGUGUGGCCUAAACAGUUAUUGUGUUAUAAAUGGUCAAAAAGCUGAUUGUAAAUGUCUUCCAGGAUUUGCUUUUGUUCACCAAGGCAAUUGGACGUCUGACUGUGAAAGAAAUUUCACUGAAGAAAGUUGCAGCAAUGGACGUGGACCUGUCAGAUUCAGUAUUCAAAUAUUGGAGGAUACUCUCUGGGAAGAUGUUUCAUAUUUUGAUCUCUCAGAAACAACAAAAGAAGACUGUCAACAAGCAUGUUUGGCGGACUGUAAUUGUGAAGCUGCACUCUUCGAUAGUGAUGAUCGUAAGUGCAGAAUGCAGAGGCUUCCUUUGCAAUUUGGGAGAAGAGAUAUGAGUGGUGGAUCAAAAAACUUUGCUUUCAUCAAGGUAGGAAUCAAAUCCUCGGAUGGUGACAGUUUUCCCCAAGAAGAGAAAAAGGGCCACCAAAAUGAUUUGAUAAUUCUAAUAAGUUGUGUAGUUGGUGCUUUUACAUUUGUUAUUUUGGCAAUUUCCUGGAUUUUCAUCCACAGAUAUCAAGUCAAGUCAUACAGAAGAAUCCCUGGAAAUGGUAAUUUCAGGUUUUGUGAGGAUAUCGCUCCGAUAUCAUUUAGUUUUGUACAGAUUGACAAACUAACUAAUGGUUUCAAGGAAGAGGUUGGCAGAGGAUCUUCAAGUAUAGUCUAUAAAGGAAUUUAUGACAAAAAGUUUGUAGCUGUUAAGAAAUUAGACAAGGUGUUAGCUGAAGGGGAAAAUGAGUUUUUAACUGAGAUUAAAGUUAUUGGGAUAACCCAUCACAAGAAUCUAGUUCGUUUGCUCGGUUAUUCCACUGAUGGACCCAACAAGGUGUUGGUAUAUGAAUACAUGAGCAAUGGUUCUCUUGCUGAUAUACUCUUCAAACGUGAGAAUAAUCCAAAUUGGAUGGAAAGAAUGAACAUUGCUCAUGAUAUAGCUAGAGGAAUUCUCUAUCUGCAUGAUGAGUGUGAGGCACAUAUCAUCCAUUGUGACAUAAAACCUCAAAACAUACUCAUAGAUGGGAAUAGAUGCGCAAAAAUUGCUGAUUUUGGAUUAGUAAAGUUGUUGAAGCCAGAUCAAACUAACACUUUCACUGGAAUCAGAGGAACAAGAGGGUAUGUUGCACCAGAAUGGCAUCAAAAUCUGCCCGUGACAACAAAAGUAGAUAUUUAUAGUUUUGGAGUGAUGUUAUUAGAGAUCAUAUGUUGUCGGAGAUUUAUGGACCAAACCUUUCCAGAGGAUCAAAUUAUUCUAGAAGAUUGGGUUUAUCAAUGCUUUGAUGCUGGUGAGUUGAGGCAACUCAUAGGCAGUGAAGAGGUUGAUCUAAAACAAUUGGAAAGGAUGAUCAGAGUUGCACUUUGGUGCAUUCUUGAUGAGCCAUCAAUGCGCCCUUCAAUGAAGAAAGUCUUACUUAUGCUAGAAGGAUCUGUCGAUAUUCCAAUUCCUCCGAAUCCUACUUCUUUUCUUACUAGCAUCUAAUUCCUUGAAAAGAAUAUGUAACUCAACCCAUUUGCCAUUUUCAUUUACGUCUUCCAAGUGUGUUUUUGUAAUUUUAAGAGUUGAUUCUUGUUCCAC